AUGGUGUCUCCUGCAGCAAAAGGCAUUCAAACAGAGUCGUCUCUCUUUCUCUGUCGUCUCAAGGCCUUGUUGGACCGCUCUCUCCUCCUCAGAAUCAUCAACUUGCAAAACAACACCUUCACCGGCCCAAUCCCCCAGGGGAUGGGUCGCCUCAGAAGGCUUGAAGCGAUCGUAUUUAAUAACAAUUCUUUGGGUGGUGGGAUUCCAACAAACCUAUCCCAAUGCAUAAACCUUAAUAACCUGAAUUUGAUCGACAAUGAGCUCACUGGAUCCAUAGUCCCCGAGAUAGCUUCGCUUCUCAACCUCCAAUUUUUAGGCUUGUCGGACAACAUGCUUGCGGGGACUAUCCCACCAUUCUUAGGAAAUCUCACAUAUCUAUUACAACUUUCGUUGCGAAAUUGCAGCUUGCAAGGAGAGAUUCCUGAGUCGCUCGCUCAGCUUAGAAGAUUGCGGCUGCUAAAUGUGAAUGAAAACGAUCUAAUUGGUUCUAUUCCAUUAGUCCUCUUUAAUCUUUCAAGUGUCGAGAUUUUCAGAUUUGGUUUCAAUAAACUCCAUGGGAACAUACCUGCCGACGUAGGCUCUACACUUCCUAAGUUGAGGCACCUUGAUUUGGCCAUCAAUCAUUUCACUGGUGUGCUUCCAGCUUUCUUAUCGAACUCUUCCCUAAUUGAAAAUCUAUAUAUUAGUAGCAACAAUUUCAGGGGAACUAUGAUCGAUUUAACGAAGCUUUCAUAUCUUCAAAUGCUUUUGGUUGCCAAUAACCGUUUGAAUGGAGAUAUAGGUAGUAUUUUAUCAUCCCUCACAAACUGCACCAACCUUGAAGUAUUGUCAUUGGGUGAUAACCCUUUCACUGGUUCGUUACCAGAUUCUAUGGGCAAUCUUUCAAAUCACGUGUGGUUCCUAAGAAUUAACCAAAAUCAGUUAAGUGGAAGCAUUCCAUCUAGUAUUGAAAACCUUGUUGGUCUCACUACUUUAUAUGCUACUAUCAACAAUCUGAAAGGUCCAAUUCCUUCCUCCAUUGGAAAACUUCAUAACUUGCAACGUAUCAGUCUCUCUAAAAAUAGAUUAAAUGAGAUGCCAUUUUCAUUGGGCAACUUGACUUUGUUGAACAAUCUCUACUUGAGACUAAACAAUCUUUCUGUGAGUAUACCUCAAAAUCUUGGCAACUGUACCAACUUGUUAGUGUUAGAUCUUUCAGAGAACAAUCUCAGUCGCUCAAUGCAUCCCGAAAUCAUUAAGCUUUCCUCCAUCUCCAUUGGACUUGACCAAUCUGACAACGUUUUGACGGGGCUGAUCUCACCAGAAUACUAG